GUACAACUGAUGCAGAACCUCGAGGACAGUACCACCCGCUUGGCCGUAUACUCUGACAGUGAUAGUGACCAAGAGUCCACGCCGACUGGCGCCAUGCCCAAGACGUUGACCGACAACGGUGAUAUUGUCGCUCGGUACGCCGACAAAAUUAACGUAGGUUUCAUCAAGAAGGGCCCUAAAAUCACCAAAGACAGAGCUAAUAGGGCCACCGUCGAACAGGUGCUCGACCCACGAACAAUGCGGUUUCUCGCCAAACUCAUCAAUAAGGGUGUGAUCUCCCAAAUCAACGGGUGUAUCAGUACCGGUAAAGAAGCCAAUGUAUACCAUGCCGAUUGUGAGGAUGAGCAUGGAGAUGCCACCAAGGAGUUUGCGGUAAAGAUCUAUAAGACGUCGAUUUUGGUGUUCAAAGAUCGAGAAAGAUAUGUGGAUGGGGAGUAUCGGUUCAGAAACAGUAAGGGCCAGUCAAAUCCCCGGAAAAUGGUGAAACUUUGGGCUGAAAAGGAGUUCAGAAACUUGAGAAGAAUUUACUCUUCGGGAAUCCCAUGCCCUGAGCCAGUGGACAUACGAUCACACGUGCUUGUGAUGGAGUACUUGACCCGCGGGAAUGGAGAGCCGUCACCGAAACUCAAGGACCACGACUUUAAAGAUGUGGACGAAAUUGUGCACUAUUACCACCAGAUGUUGUUCUACAUGAGAAGACUUUAUAAGGUGUGCCGGCUUGUGCACGCCGAUUUGAGUGAGUACAAUUCGAUUGUGCACCAGGACAAGUUAUACAUCUUCGACGUGUCGCAGUCGGUGGAGCAUGAGCAUCCGAUGUCGCUUGAUUUCCUACGCAUGGACAUCAAGAACGUCAACGAUUUUUUCAGCCGCAAAAAGAUCAACGUCUACCCCGAAAGAUUGAUAUUCAAGUACAUUAUUGAAGAUAAUGAGAAGUUGGGAGUGAUCGACUACUCGGACGAAGAGCUUGGCCGGUAUUUGGAAUCCGUGCCGUUGAAAAAUUCCCAGGACGAUGAGCUUGAAGAUGAGAUUUUCCGCCUGGUAUACUUGGUUCGGACUUUGAAUAACUUGGACGACAGGGAUUUCAAUAACUUCUCAACGGGGCAGAUCGACACCCUCACGGAAUUAGUGGGGAAGAAGCCCGAUCUGGAGGUUCACGGCGAAGACAGCGAGGACAGCGAUAGUGACGACAGUGACGACAGUGAUAAUGACAGUGAAGGCAGCGACGAAGAUGACAGUGAUUUUAGUGAUGACGGGCGUAAAAAGCCAGCAAAGGGAAAGAAAUACGAAGACAAAGACGAUAAGAAGCAGAGGAAAGAGGCUGCGAAGUUGGCCAAGCAGGAGAAGAGAAAAACAAAGAUGAAGAAGCAUAUCAAAAAGAAGAUUGUGAACAAGCGGAAGGCCAAGUAGAGCAUACAUAUAACAACAUAGUCAGACUCGUAGCCACAACAAAUAGUGGUGUAGAAUACACAUACAC